AUGGGCGAGCGUUGUUGUGUGGCGGUGGUGCGGGUGCUGGUGCUGCAGGCGGCCUGGGCGCUGUCGGGCGGGCAGGUGCGCUACUCGGUGCCGGAGGAAGCCAAGGCCGGCACGGUGGUGGGCCGUCUGGCGCAGGACCUGGGCCUGGAGGCGGGCGAGGCGGAGGCGCGGCGGCUGCGGCUGGUGGCGCCGGGCCGGCGGGCGAGCGUGGAGGUGAGCGGGGCGAGCGGCGCGCUGCUGGUGAGCUCGCGGCUGGACCGGGAGGAGCUGUGCGGCAAGAGCGCGCCGUGCGCGCUGCGCCUGGAGGUGCUGCUGGAGCGGCCGCUGCGCGUCUUCCAUGUGCAGCUGGAGGUCACCGACAUCAACGACAAUGCCCCCGUCUUCCCCGCUGCCUGGAAAAACCUCAGCAUCGCGGAACUGUCUGUGCCGGGGUCUCGUUUCCCGCUGGAGGGCGCGUCGGAUGCGGAUAUCGGAGCGAACGCGCAAUUGACCUAUGCACUCAGCACCAGUGAGCACUUCUCUCUGGAUUUACAAAAACCGAAUGAGCGAAAUAUUGAACCCGAACUCGUUUUAACGAAAUCUCUGGACCGCGAGACGAUUCCUGUGCACCGUUUGGUGCUGACGGCGACUGACGGGGGCCGGCCGUCUCUGACCGGGACAAUGGAGCUGAUGAUCUCGGUGGAAGAUGCAAACGACAAUGCGCCCAAAUUCAACCAGUCUGUGUAUAAAGUGCAGCUUCCGGAGAGCGCUGAGGUGGGGACGCUGGUUACGAGGGUUAAUGCCACGGAUGCAGAUGAGGGACUUAAUAGUGACGUGACAUACACGGUAACGAACUUCCUUCCCCCAAGUGGAAAAGAUGUGAUUUCCAUCAAUCCGAAUACCGGAGAAAUUCUCCUUACGGGCGCCCUAGACUUUGAAGAAGUCAGUGUAUUUGAUUUUCGUAUUGAAGCAAAAGAUAAGGGAACGCCCGCGCUGUCGAGUCACUGCCGAGUGGAGCUGGAGGUGUUGGACGUGAACGACAACGCGCCGGAGGUGUGGGUGACGUCGCUGUCGGUGCCGGUGCCCGAGGACGCGUCGUUGGGGACGGUGGUGGCCCUGCUGAGCGUGUCGGACCGGGACUCGGGCGAGAACGGUCGCGUGCGGUGCUGGGUGUGGCCGGCGUCGCCGUUCGGUCUGGAGGCGACGUUCGCGGGCUCGUACUCGCUGGUGCUGCGCGAGGCGCUGGACCGGGAGCGGGUGUCGGAGUACGAGGUGGAGGUGCGUGCGGAGGACGGCGGGGCGCCGGCGCUGCGCGCCAGCCGCGGGCUGCGGGUGCCGGUGUCGGACGUGAACGACAACGCGCCCUCGUUCGCGCAGGCCGUGUACACGGUGCUGGCGCGGGAGAACAACGCGGCGGGCGCGGAGCUGGCGCGGCUGUGGGCGCGGGACCCGGACGAGGCGGCCAACGGGCGCGUCAGCUACUCGGUGUGGGACGGCGGCGUGGGCGUGGGCGGCGGGGCCGCGGGGUCCUCGUCGUCCCUUGGCGGCGGGUGGCGUCCGGCGUCGAGCUACGUGUCGGUGGACGCGGAGAGCGGGCGUCUGUGGGCGCUGCAGCCCUUGGACUACGAGGAGCUGCAGGUGCUGCAGUUCGAGGUGCGCGCGGUGGACGCGGGGGAGCCGCCGCUGAGCGGCAACGCCACGGUGCAGCUGUUCGUGCUGGACGAGAACGACAACGCGCCGGCGCUGCUGCCGCCCGCGGGCUCUGCAGCGGAGGCGGGCGGCGAGGCGGCGGCGGAGGCGGCUUUGGCGCUGGCGGGGGCGGGCUCGGAGUCGGGCACGCUGUGGGCGUGGGCGGCGUGGGGGGCGCCGGCGGGGCAGGUGGUGGCCAAGAUCCGCGCCGUGGACGCCGACUCGGGCUACAACGCGUGGCUGCGCUACGAGCUGUGGGAGCCGCGGGGCAAGGGCCCGUUCCGCGUGGGGCUCUACAGCGGCGAGGUGAGCACGGCGCGGGCGCUGGACGAGGCGGACGGGCCUCGCCAGAGGCUGCUGAUCGUCGUGCGCGACCACGGCGAGCCGGCGCGCUCGGCCACGGCCACGCUCAGCGUGUCGCUGCUCGAGGCCGCCGAGGCGGCGCUGGCCGCGGGAUCCUCGUCGUCGUCGUCGUCGUUGGCGGCGGUGUCGCGCUCGGCGGCGGGCGUGGAGCUCGGGGCCGGGGCGGCGAGCGCAGCCACCAACGUGUGGCUGGUGGUGGCCAUCUGCGCCGUGUCCAGCCUCUUCCUGCUGGCCGUGGUGCUGUACGGGGCGUCGCGCUGGGCGCCGCGGGCGGCCGUGCUCUCGGGGCCCGGGCCCACCACGCUCGUGUGCGCCAGCGAAGUGGGCAGCUGGUCCUACUCGCAGCGCCACAGCCGCAGCCUGUGCGUGGCGGACGGCGCUGCCAAGAGCGACCUCAUGGUUUUCAGCCCCAACUUCCCUCCGCCGCCGCCCGCUCCUGCAGCCAAGGACGCGCAGCCGGAGCCCUCCGCUCUCCUCGUCACGGUCAGUGCCAAUACCUUGCUCUCGUCUCUCUCCCGUACCCAACCCUUCUGUCCCUCCAGGUGUGCUGGCUCUGCGGGAAUCCAGGCUCCGUUCCCCCGGGGCCGGGAGCGAUGA